CUACCCAAUUUAAACAGAGAAGACGAGUUCACUGUACCCACACUGAGGACGACCUCAUCAGAUCACAUUAGUCAGUGGAACUGAAGAGAGAAAAUCCUGAUGGAACCAGGCAAUACUGUGGGGGAAAGAGAGGGAGAGAUGGAUCUGGAAGAAUUUGUGAGAGAAGAAGAAGAAGUUGCCGGUACAGAAACACACAGGCCUUGCCUGAGCAGCUAUGUGGACGAAGGUAGCAAGGAGAGUCACAGAUACUAUCUGGCACGGAGGACAGUGAUGGAGAUGUUGAAAGAUAGACGCUUUGCGGUUCCAAUUGAGCAGAUUCAGCUCACUCUCCAAGAGUUUCGAGCCAUUUACGGCCAGAUCCCUAAUCUCGAUCUUCUCAACGUCUCGUUCUCUCACAUAUCUAAUCCCUCUAAGAAGAUUAAGGUCAUUUUCAGUGGCCCUGGUGUGGUUAAAGUUCACAUGAUCCGCAAUCUUGCAGGUCAGCUUGGUGACCACAACAGCUAUUGUGGGAUGAUAUUGAUUAUAGAAAAUCGAAUAACCAAUCCGGCCCUGAAAGCUUUGGAUCUCUUCUCAUUUAAAGUUGAGAUAUUCCAGAUCACCGACUUGCUGGUGAACAUCACAAAGCAUGUGUUGAAGCCAAAGCAUCGGAUUCUGAGCAAGGAAGAAAAACGAAACCUCUUAAAGAACCACAAUAUUGAAGAAAAGCAGCUUCCUCGGAUGUUGAAGACCGAUGCAAUAGCGCGAUAUUAUGGACUCCAGAGGGGGCAGGUGGUGAAAGUUAUAUACAACACUGGAAUCACCAAGUCUCAUGUUACUUACCGGUGUGUCUGGUAAUGCUUUUUUAGCUGUAGUUCUUACUCUGUAUCAGAGAGAUUAUGGUUGGUUUUUAGACUUGUGUAAACACUUCUGGUUGCUUUUUUAUGACUAAUGGACAUGUUUUAGACUUGGAUAAAUAUCAACAGUUGUUUGACUUGGCUUGUUGGUGGCCCUUGGAGGGCAUUGGAAGUGGUUCAUAAGCAUGUCUGGACUUA